CUAAAAAAAAAAAAAAGAAAAAGAGAGAGAAAAGAAAAGGACUAUACGUACUACAUUUUCUUUCCCCUUUUUGUUUAUUUAUUUUUUAAUUUUUUUUUUAUUUAUUCUCAACAUAUAUAUGUAUAUCAAAUGACUUCUAAUAUAGAUAUUACCCUUUGGAAUGAAGCAGCCAAAAAUAUUGACUGGAUACAACCACCAACUACUGUGAUUGAGAAAAAAGCCAAAGGACCUAAUCCAUUUGUUUGGUUUCCAGGAGGGGUUUUGAAUACCUGUUACAAUGCUGUAGAUCGUCACUGUAUUAACCGACCUCAUCAACCAGCUUUAAUAUGGGAUUCUGCUAUGGUACCUGCGAAAAAGGUAUUGACCUAUUCUCAAUUGCUAGACGAGGUACAAACUUUAGCUGGUGUAUUGGUGUCUCAUGAUGUGAAGAAAGGUGAUACCGUACUUAUCUAUAUGCCUAUGGUACCUGAAGCUAUAGUUGCAUUUUUGGCCUGUGCUCGUUUGGGUGCCGUUCAUAGCGCCGUAUUUGGUGGCUUUGCUCCGAAGGAAUUGGCGAAACGUAUUGAUGAUUGUCGUCCCAAGGUGGUAAUAACAGCGAGUUGUGGUAUCGAACCAAAAGGAAUUAUUCCUUAUAAGCCAUUAUUGGAAUCUGCUAUUAAUAUUGCAUCUUAUAAAGUACCUAUUCGACUUUUACUUCAGCGUCCUACAAAGUUGACUGCUCCUAUCAACCAUAUAGAUGGAGAUCGUGAUUAUCAAAGUGAAAUGGAUCGGAUAAGGAAAGAAGGUAAACAGGUAUUGGCAUGUACGGCAGUAGCUUCGGAAGAUCCUCUGUAUGUUCUUUAUACAUCAGGUACAACAGGUGUACCUAAAGGUAUUUGUCGAACAAACGGAGGUCAUGCUGUCGCUUUACGAUGGUCGAUGGAUUACGUCUUUAAUGUCAAAGCAGGAGAAUGUAUGUUUACGGCCAGUGAUAUCGGAUGGGCUGUUAGUCAUAGCUAUACCGUAUAUGGACCCUUUUUGGCGGGUGCAACAUCAGUUAUGUAUGAAGGAAAACCUGUUCAAACACCGGAUGCUGGCACUUUUUGGCGCCUUUUAUCCGAUUAUAACGUCAAAGUGAUGUUUACUGCUCCCACCGCAAUCAGAGCCAUGCGUCGUGAAGAUCCUCAUGGUGAUUUAGCCAAAAAGUACUCUUUAACAAAAUUGAAAGCUGUCUUUGUUGCGGGUGAACGUAGUGAUAUUGAAACACUGAAUUGGUGUCAGGAGAUCGUAGGUCCAGAUUGUUAUGUUAUUGAUAACUAUUGGCAGACAGAGACAGGGUUUCCAAUGACAUCCACUUGCUUGGGUACAGGUAAAAAGGAAAAAGUCAAGUUCGGAUCGGCUGGUAAACAAGUACCUGGAUCAAUCAUCAAGAUUUUGGAUGAAGAUUCUAAUGAAGAAAUAACUGAACCCAAUCGUUUUGGUAAUAUUGUGUUGAAAUUACCUUUACCACCUGCUUCCUUCCCUUAUCUCUGGAAUAAUCGGGAUAGUUAUGAAACAAGUUAUUUUGCAAAGUACCCUGGAUAUUAUGAUACAGGUGAUGCAGGCAUGAUUGAUGAAGAAGGAUACAUUCAUGUCAUGUCAAGAACAGAUGAUAUCAUCAAUGUCGCAGGACAUCGUCUAUCAACAGGCUCAGUGGAACAAAUCAUCAUGUCUCAUCCAAAAGUAGUUGAAUGCUGUGUCGUUCCUCUUCCUGAUCCAAUGAAAAUGAAAGGACAUGUACCCAUGGGUGUCAUAGUACUCCAACAGGAUCAUGCUCACUGUACACAAGAAGAAUUCAACAAAACCAUUUUACCCGAACUUAUCAAGGCUACUCGUAAUGACCUUGGAGCCAUUGCAUGUUUCGAUACCGCAGUGAUUGUAUCUAGAUUACCCAAAACAAGAAGUGGAAAAGUCCUUCGACGAUGUAUUAGAGAUAUGGUUGAUGGAAAAGAGGUGAGAAUUCCAGGUACAAUCGAAGAUGCUAGUGUUCUUUUGGAAAUUGAAAAUAUUCUUUACAAGAACAAGCUGAUUCCAUACAGAUCGUUAUCUGGUGAUUCAAAGUUAUAAACAUUAGAUUAGAAUAUUAAAGGGAUCAAGUAUCUCUUCUUUCC